UUGCCUGGCCCGGGCUGACUUGAUUCUCUUACAUAUCAUCACUCCUAUGAGCAUAAAUGACAGUAAAUUCUUUUUUGGUUUUCUGAGACAGGGUUUCUCUGUGUAGUUUUGGUACCUGUCCUGGACCUCACUCUGUAGACCAGGCUGCCCUCGAACUCACAGAGAUCCGCCUGCCUCUGCCUCCCAAGUGCUGGGGUUAAAGGCAUGCGCCACCACCGCCUGGCAUCAAUUCUUGUAUCUUCAAGAAAGGGUACCCUUUCCACAUGGGCCUAGGGUGGAGCUCAGUGAGAGCAGUACUUGUAUUGUUUUGUCUGCUACUUCUUGCUGUGUUCUGGAUUGGUGGGUGUGGUUAAAGGCAUUUAGAAAGUGAAAUUAAAAGUUAACAAAUUAUUGCCAUUCAUGGUGACCUAUGCCUGUGAUCUCAGCACUCCAGGGGCUGGGGCAGGAGAAUUGCCACAAAUAAAGGGCAGCCUGGGGUGCACAAUGACCCUGUCUCUCUCUCUCUCUUUUCUUUUUUUUUUUUUAAGGUACCUGAAGAUCACCACCAUCAAUUACUUGUUACAACUAGGAUGUUUUUGAAGCAGACUUUGUAGUCUGUUUUUCCUUUUCUAUUUUGGUUUCUUGAGAUGUGGUCACUUUGUAACCAGGUCUCUUGCCUCAGCCCUCAGGUACUGGGAUUUCUGGCGUGUGCCGCUCAGACAGCCAGGGUUCCUUUCUAAGCUGAGGAGUUCUUGUUUGCAGUAGCUGCAUUCUCUGACUGCGUGACCUGUAUCUGUUUCCUUCACUUUCUCUGUUGAUCCGGAAGGGUUUGCUCUUGAGCGGACUUUGUUCUCUAAUGCUCCUGGGAGCUUUUCACUGGUUUUUCUUCUCCUCUUUCUCCUUCUUCUCUCUUGGUUUUUUGAGACAGGGUUUCUCUGUAUAGCUUUGGAGCCUGUCCUGGGACUCAGAGAUCUACCCGCCUCCACCUCCCAAGUGCUGGGAUUAAAGAUGCUCAAAGCAAAGGAACAGAAGGUUAAUCCUAGAGAAAUUGCAGAAAACAUCACCAAACACCUGCCGAGCAAUGAAUAUAUUGACAAGGUUGAAAUUGCGGGUCCUGGUUUCAUUAAUGUUCACUUGAGAAAGGACUUUGUGUCAGAACAGUUGACUAAUCUCCUAGUAAAUGGAGUCCAACUACCCACUCUUGGAGAGAAUAAAAAGGUUGUAAUUGACUUUUCCUCUCCCAACAUAGCUAAAGAGAUGCACGUUGGCCACCUCAGGUCAACUAUCAUAGGAGAAAGUAUGAGCCGACUCUUUGAAUUUGCAGGAUACGAUGUGCUAAGGUUAAACCAUGUAGGAGAUUGGGGGACCCAGUUUGGCAUGCUCAUCGCUCACUUGCAAGAUCAAUUUCCAGAUUAUCUGACAGUUUCACCUCCUAUUGGAGAUCUUCAGGCCUUUUAUAAGGAAUCUAAGAAGAGGUUUGAUACUGAGGAGGAAUUUAAGAAGCGAGCCUAUCAGUGUGUCGUUGCACUGCAGAGUAAGGACCCAGAUUUCAUAAAGGCCUGGAAUCUCAUCUGUGACGUCUCCCGGGAAGAAUUUAGUAAAAUCUACAAUGCAUUGGACAUCACUUUAAUAGAGAGAGGAGAAUCCUUCUAUCAAGAUAGGAUGAAGGAUAUUGUAAAGGAAUUUGAAGAUAAAGGAUUUGUGCAAGUGGAUGAUGGCAGGAAAAUUGUGUUCGUUCCUGGGUGUUCCAUACCAUUAACCAUAGUGAAAUCCGAUGGGGGCUUUACUUAUGAUACGUCUGACCUGGCUGCUAUCAAACAGAGACUAUUUGAGGAAAAAGCAAAUAAGAUUAUCUACGUGGUGGACAAUGGACAAGCUGUACAUUUCCAGACAGUUUUUGCUGCUGCUCAAAUGAUUGGUUGGUAUGACCCUAAAGUAACUCAAGUGAGCCAUGUUGGAUUUGGUGUGGUGCUAGGAGAAGACAAGAAGAAGUUUAAAACCCGCUCGGGUGAAACAGUGCGCCUUGUGGACCUGCUGGGAGAAGGACUGAAGCGGUCCAUGGACAAGUUGAAGGAGAAGGAGAGAGACAAGGUCCUGACUGAAGAGGAGUUGACAGCUGCUCAGACAUCCAUUGCAUAUGGCUGUAUCAAAUAUGCCGACCUGUCCCAUAACCGGCUGAACGACUACAUCUUCUCCUUUGACAAGAUGCUGGAUGACAGAGGAAACACAGCCGCUUACUUACUGUAUGCCUUCACUAGAAUCAGGUCUAUCGCACGUCUGGCCAGUAUUGAUGAAGAGAUGCUUCAGAAAGCUGCUCGGGAAACCAAGAUUGUCUUGGACCAUGAGAAGGAAUGGAAACUCGGCCGGUGCAUUUUACGAUUCCCUGAGAUUUUACAGAAGAUUUUAGAUGACUUAUUUCUCCACACUCUCUGUGAUUAUAUAUACGAGCUGGCAACUACUUUCACAGAGUUUUACGAUAGCUGCUACUGUGUGGAGAAAGAUCGACAGACGGGGAAAGUGUUGAAGGUGAACAUGUGGCGAAUGCUCCUGUGCGAAGCAGUGGCUGCUGUCAUGGCCAAGGGGUUCGAUAUCCUGGGAAUAAAGCCCGUCCAAAGGAUGUGAUCCUUGGGUUUGGGGACUUCUUACCAAAGGGGCCAUUAGUACUGUUUGCUUUUUAAACAAUCAUGUGGACACAAAGGCAGUAAAGGAAUUUUCACAGUAAAGGACUUUUCACAACUGUC